GCUUGCUCAGGGUUGUUCCUUGUCGGUGACCCGGGGCGCGUCUUUCUCUGCCUGCGACUUCAGAAGCCCUGAGCGGAGGCUGAGGAUGGCGGCCAGGAUGGCUCUGCGCUUGCUGUCUCUUCUGGUGGUGGGGGUCGCUCUGCUGGAGAGCUGCUUCGGCGCCUCCUCCCACUCCCUGAAGUUUUUCUACACCGGCAUCUCGGACCCCACUCAGGGGCUGCCCCACUUUGUCAUUGUGGGGUAUGUGGACGGUCAGGUCUUUGUUCACUAUGACAGCCACAGCCGCAGGGAGCAGCCUCGAGUCUCCUGGAUGGAGAAGUUUGUGAAGGAGGAUCCCAAAUACUGGGACAGUCAGACCGAGAUAGCACGUGACUCUGAGGAGUGGUUCAGAGAAAACCUGGAGACUCUGAGGAAUCGCUACAAUCAGAGUGAAGGCCUUCACACACUGCAGCUGAUGUAUGGCUGUGAGCUCCAGAGAAACAGGAGCAAAGGAGGGUUUUGGCAGUAUGGCUAUGAAGGGAAGACCUUCAUCACCUUCGACAAGAAGUUCCUCACCUGGGUGGCUCCUGAACCCCAGGCCCAGAUCACCCAGAGGAAAUGGGAUGCUCUCCCAGGAAAGAAUCAGAGAACCAAGGUCUACCUGGAGGAAAUCUGCACUGAGUGGCUGGAGAAGUACCUGUCCUAUGGGAAGGAGACGCUGCUGAGGACAGAGACCCCAAAGGUGAAGGUGAGCAGCAGGACGGAGGCCGAGGAUGGGAUGGAGACGCACAUCUGCCGCAUAGAUGGCUUCUACCCCAGGGACAUCGAUGCCUCCUGGAAGAGGGACGGGGAGGUCUGGCUGCAGGACACUUUCCAUGGGUCUGUGACCCCCAAUGCAGAUGGGACCUACCACUACUGGCUCAGUGUCCGGAUCGAUCCCAAAGAGAGAGACCGCUAUCGCUGCCACGUGGAGCACAAUGGCCUGCAGGAUCCUUUGGACGUGGUCCUGAAGGAAUCCAACCUGGGGCUCAUCAUUGGCUGUGUAAUGGCUGUACUUGCCGUGAUUGUGAUUGUUGGGAUUUUGGCUUUUAUUUACUUUCGCAAGAGACGUCAAGAUGGCUACAAUGCAGCACCCAGUGAGGUUUUGUCCUCUUUCCAUGUAAUCUCCAAUUUAGAGCAGGAACCACAGAGUCAGUAUUGGUUGAGAGGGAUGUGUGUAUGUAUGUUUCUGUGUGCUAUCUUCCUCUUCACCCUAAAAACCAGGCUGGGGAAGAUGGGCUCCCUUUUCAUUACAGCCAGAUUGUUCUUGGAAGUGGAGUCUUCAGGGAGAAACAUCUGGGAGAAGGAACCUUCAAGAAGAUGAGAAGAUCUGGCUGGUGGAAAGUCCCUCUGACUGAGAAAUUGCUCUGUUUCCCAAGUAGGCAGAAACGAAAGGCCUGGCCAAAAGAGAAUCAGAAGCUCCAUAA